AAAGAAAAUCCAUCAACGGCCUUAGCGUUCUCGUUUCUUCUCAAAGAAAAGAAAAGAAAAGAAAAAAAAAGAAUGGGUGAUAAAAGCAAAAUCUUGAUAAUUGGAGGGACUGGUUAUAUCGGAAAGUUUAUAGUUGAAGCAAGUGCAAAGGCUGGCCAUCCCACAUUCGCUCUGGUUAGGGAGAGCACAGUCUCUGAUGCUGUUAAAGGCAAAAUUGUCGAGAAUUUCAAGAGCUUGGGCGUCACUGUGCUACAUGGUGAUCUAUUUAACCAUGAAAGUUUGGUGAAUGCUAUUAAGCAAGUGGAUGUGGUGAUAUCAACAGUUGGUGGCCAGCAAUUAGCAGAUCAGGCCAAGAUUAUUGCUGCUAUUAAACAAACUGGCAAUGUCAAGAGAUUCUUCCCUUCAGAGUUUGGGACAGAUGUGGAUCAUGUUCAUAUCGUUGAGCCAGCAAAAUCUAUAUUUGAAAUAAAGGCUCAACUUCGCCGUACCAUUGAGGCUGAAGGGAUACCCUACACUUAUGUCGUUUCCAACUGCUUUGCUGCUAUGAUUAUCCCCUGGGUGCUACCCCCUGGUGACACUGUCUCCAUCUUAGGAGACGGCAGUGUCAAAGCAAUUUUUAGUCUGGAGCAGGACAUUGGAACCUACACCAUCAAAGCGGUAGAUGAUCCAAGAACCUUGAACAAAUCCCUGUUUAUCAACCCUCCUAAGAACAUUUUAAACUACAAUGAACUUGUUGCUCUCAAAGAGAAGAAAACAGGCAAGACCUUUCAGAAAAUCUAUGUUUCAGAAGAGAAGCUUCUCAAGGACAUCGAAACCGUUCCGGUGCCAUAUAGCAUUGGUCUAGCAAUCAACCAUAGCGUGUUUAUAAAGGGCGAUCAGACCAACUUUGAGAUUGAUCCUUCAUGGGGAGUUGAGGCUUCUGCUCUGUAUCCAGAUGUCAAAUACACCACCGUUGAAGAAUUCUUUGAUCAGAACGCUUGAGGGUUUUAAAUGUGCUUCUUUUGUACAAUAUUAUCAUCUGAAUAAACAUAUAUUCAAUGGUUGCAAAUGGAUCAAUGAUUCUUCUGAACUGUUUUUGUUUGUAAAUCUGCUAUCUCUAUCAAUAAAAUAAUUGCAGAAAUCUGCUGCUAUACUA